AUAAUGUGGGUAAGUACACAAGAGCUUUUGUGCUGCACUGACAGACCACUGCAGUCAACGGUUGACGGUAAAGAGGAUAGCAGAAAAGUCAUGAGGAGGUAGAAAGGAAUCUGACAAAGAAAACAGUGCAUAUUUUUAAAAUAAAUUUGGGAAACUGUUUUGUGAGGAGAGGGGAGCAAAGGACUUAUAUCUCUAAGAAGUAUUAUUUUGAAUUCAAGGGAGUCAAUGGACCUGGUUUGGUAUAUAAUUCUUGGUACCUGUGCCAUGAAUGCUCUUGUUUUUGCUUGUCCAGAUCACUGCCAGUGUGGGGAGGGCAACAUCUUUUGCGAAGGCUUUAUAAUAAAAGAAUUUCCAGUCUCCAUCCCCCCAACCACCAGUUACAUCAAAUUGUCCAACACCAGCAUACCCUUAUUAAAAGCAGAUGAUUUUAAGACAUUCGCAGAGACACUCACUGUGUUUUUAGCAAGGGAUUCAAAAAUUGCUGUGGUGCAACCUCAUACUUUUGACCAGACGCAGAAACUUGUUACCUUAUGUUUCAAUGGGACAGAACUAACCUCUCUACCAGAAGAUCUGUUUCAGAAUCUGAAGAACUUGACUACUCUACAGCUAAGUAACAGCAAACUAGAUGUUCUCCCACCAUCUCUUCUCAAGCCUCUCAGAGCUUUGAAAAGUUUAGACCUUAGCAAAAACAUGCUAACUUCUCUGCCAGAAGAUACUUUUCAGGGUUUAGAACAGCUGCAAGAGCUCAUGUUGCAGAGAAACUUCAUCAGAAAGCUUCAUGGCAGGACUUUUCAAGGACUCAGUAAGCUUAAAACCCUGCUCCUGCAGCAAAAUGAUCUACAGGAGAUACCAGCAGGUAUCUUUGAUGACCUGGUGAACCUUGAGUUAUUGCAUCUCCGGGACAACAAAAUCACACAGCUACCAGCCAAUCUUUUCUCAGAGCUACAGAAGCUGAAUAAACUCUUCCUCUCCAACAAUAGGUUAUCAGUGCUUUCCAAUGCAAUCUUUAUGAAUCUUCCCAGCCUUACUCAAAUCACCCUUUUCGAGAACCAACUCAGGAGUUUGUUGCCUGGGACUUUUGGUCCAAUGCCCAUCCAACAGCUCUGGCUAUAUGACAACAUGUUAACCCACCUUGAGGAGAAUGUGUUCAGCAACUUAACUGAGGUUCGCCUUUUGGUGCUUAGUAGGAACCAGAUUCAGCACAUAACUCCUGGGGCUUUCAAUGGUUUGAUGCAGUUAGGGGAGGUCUCGCUACACACUAAUCGUUUAACCAGUGUUGAGGGGGGGAUUUUUAAAGGCCUUUCCAAGUUAACAAAAAUAUCUUUGAAGCACAAUCAAAUACAGUACAUUCCCAUAAAACUCUUGGAUGGCAUAUCCCAUUUACAUAACCUGGAGCUUCAAAACAAUUUGCUACCAAACUUGCCAAAAGAAUUCCUAAAAUCUUUGUUGAUGGUUGAUAAAAUUAAUAUUUUACAAAAUCCAUGGAGGUGCAAUCGUGACAUAAUACCUUUUCGGGAUUGGCUAGAACAGUAUCCAGAGAAAGUGAAUAAUCUCACUUCAGUUGUGUGCAAUAGUCCUCAACACCUAAUUGGCAGAAACGUUAGAGAGCUGAAGGAGGGUGACAUCAUUGUCACCCAACCACCAUCUGUGACAGCUGUUGAUAUUUCAUCAGACAGUACACAAGUGGAAAGUAAACCUACAGAUGAAAGACAUUUACUUCACUCUCCUACAGCCAAAAGGACCACCCCUGCUCCAUCACCAUACUCCACAACUCUACUAGAAGAGAUAAAGGAUACAAGUGGAGGUGAGACUGAGGGUCAGGGUGUGUCCAAAGACAAACUUAUUAUCAUUGUAGCCAUUGUCUGCACUGCUGUCAUUGUCAGUCUCAUUGCCUGUGUUUUAUGGCGGAGGAACAAGCGGGGCAGUCAAAACCUGGGCCGUCAAAGAAAGACAAACUCAGUUAUCUAGCAUUGUUUAAACUAUUCUGUAAAGAAUAAUUACAUUUAAGGUUGAAUUUUCACUGUUAGGCUGUGUUUGUGUUCCAAAUUAAUUUUUUGACAGUAUCUCAGUGGAUUAUUGGCCGAAGCAAUUUUUCCAUCAAUGGGCAAAGUAAACAAAACAAAACAAAACAAAUUGAAUGUUUUUUAUUGAUAUUUUCUGUUAUUAAAUGUGAAGUGUGUAAUGUUGAUGUUAAAAUACUUGUUAAAAAACUAUGUGUAGGUUGAUUUCCCCAAAAAGUGUGUUUGCUUCAGCGUCCUGGCCAGCCAUACACAGCAACAUUAACUCAACUGUUGAAAGCUGGUUGAAAACAAUGUUUAUUUUUGCAGUUCUGUUGGUGAUGCUGGUGGUGCAGAAAUUACACACUUAAGUUUCAAGUUUUAUGAAAUUCCUUUACAGCUUUCUUGAUCUAUAAAGCAAAAACAAAAAAAACAAAAAAACAAAAAUCAUUUUUUUUUUAAACUGUAUUAGAAAAUUGUUUACCAACAUUAAAAGAAUGAAAAUCACUGCUGAUGACAUAUGAUUUGAUGAGCAUAACCUUAUGAAUCCUCUCAGAUUUCAAAUAAAGGUACUGUUUUUUUUAA